AUGCGUGGCGAAGGAGAGCAAAAGAACCGGCGCCUCAGCAAGAAUCCAGCGCGCGCAACAGAGAAUCCAGUACGGUAUCCUGGCGAUGAAGAGCGCAGCUGCGAGAAGGCGUUUGACGUCACGUGGACGGAAUGGAACAACAAGUUUCCGAAAAGACACCUCAACCUUUACGCGAAAGAUCGAGAUGGACGGCGAGAUCGAAGACGACGAAACGACGACGCCGAAGAGGAUCAACAGCGAGGCCAUAGACUACUCCAGAAGCCCACAAGAAAAAAAAGAAGAGAGAGAGAGAGAGAUAUCGAUAUCCUACGCACCCCCGCUGUUUUACAAGCUACACGCCAAUUUGGACCAGUCGCCAUGUCGGACGCCUUCCAGGAGCUCGCUGAUAUCCCCAAGGACUUCGUCAAGGAUGGCAUGCUCUUCGUGAACCGAUGCACAAAGCCCGAUAAGCGCGAGUUCCUCAAGAUCAGCCAGGCCGUGGGAUUCGGCUUCCUUAUCAUGGGAGCCAUUGGAUACUUCAUCAAGCUGAUCGCCCCUUUUGAACAUCUCACCAUCAAGCCACAUAAAUCAAACGAGAAACCGCAGCACCCUGGUUCAUUCAUGUGUGAAUGGCCAGUUCUCCACAAACCACUUCCUACCUUUACAAUCCCUCUCUUCGUCAUUCGACAUGAGCAUAUGUCUUAUUGUUUGCAGCGAGAAAAACAACAACCCAUUGGCGUGUUACGGACGGAUGGCAAAAUAAAUAUGGUGGCUACCCUGAGGUUGAGGAGGUUUCAACCACUAAUUGGCGCUAUAUCAUCUCUAUCCUCUUUCGGGGGACUUAUCUCACUACAUAUUUUUUACUUUCCAUGUAAAUUAUACGAAUAUACCUCCUUUUCCUUUUCCAAUGGACAUGGCUACUUGCCCAACUGGGCCAUUCAAUUUUCCAAUUGCAAUCUCCGACUGACCUGA